AUGGGAGACCCCUUUAUCCGCCACAUCGCCCUCCUGGGCUUUGAGAAGCGCUUCCUGCCCAGCCAGCACUAUGUGUAUAUGUUCCUGGUGAAGUGGCAGGACCUGUCGGAGAAGGUGGUCUACCGGCGCUUUACCGAGAUCUACGAGUUCCACAAAGUACUGAAGGAAAUGUUCCCCAUCGAGGCAGGGGAUAUCAACCCAGAGAACAGGAUCAUCCCCCACCUGCCAGCCCCCCGGUGGUAUGACGGCCAGCGGACUGCAGAGAGCCGUCAGGGCACGCUCACCGACUACUGCAGCGCCCUCAUGGGGCUGCCCGUCAAGAUCUCCCGCUGCCCCCACCUGCUCAACUUCUUCAAGGUGCGCCCUGAUGACCUCAAGCUGCCCACGGACAGCCAGUGAGUGGUCCCUGCCACUCCCCUGGACUCCCUCCCCCGCUCCGCAGACAUCACAGGGCCGCUGAUCCUGCAGACGUACCGCGCCAUCGCCGACUUCCAGAAGAGCUCCUCCACCGAGAUGGCGCUGGUCUCGGGGGACGUGGUGGACGUGGUGGAGAAGAGCGAGAGCGGCUGGUGGUUCUGUCAAAUGAAGGCAAAGCGAGGCUGGGUGCCCGCGUCCUACCUGGAGCCCAUGGACAGCCCUGACGAGUUAGAAGACCCCGAGCCCAACUAUGCAGGUGAGCUCUAUGUCACUGUCAAAGCCUACACCGCUGUGGAGGAAGACGAGGUGUCUCUGGAUGAGGGGGAGACCAUCGAGGUCAUUCACAAGCUUCUGGAUGGCUGGUGGGUGGUCAGGAAAGAGGACACCACAGGGUACUUCCCGUCCAUAUACCUGCAAAAGUCCGGGCAGGACCUGGCCCAGGCCGGACGGGAGAUCAAGAAGCGAGGCGCGCCGCCCCGCAGAUCCUCCAUUCGCAACGCACACAGCAUCCACCCGCGGUCUCGGAAGCGCCUCAGCCAGGACUCCUACCGCCGCAACAGCAUUCGAUUUUUGCAGCAGCGCCGCCCCCAGGCGCGGCCGGAACCCCAGAGCGCUGGGUCCCCGCUGAGUGAGUGCUGGCCCUGGCGGGGGCGGGGCUCGGGGGCGGAGCCGGACCGAUAG